AUGGGCUACUGGAAAACGGAAGCAGUUUUUAAAAACGAGAACGAGGGAAAGAGUCCAAGUAAAAUUGAAGUGCUGGAAAAACCUUAUGAUCAGGCUAUGGUGAAUGACUGGAAAGGCAUGCAGGAAUACUACAAGAAACAUCCACAAGAAUUGAAAAGUCCGAUGACGCUGGAAGGAGACACUGCAUUGCACAUUGCAGCUUCCUGCUGCAGCGAAAAACUGGCCAAACAAGUCCUUGAAUUCUUGAUUAACUUACUGCCAAGCUGUGAUGAAAAAUGCAAGGCCUUAAGGCAUCCGAAUAACCACGGCAACAACGUUCUCCACGAGGUGGCUGUGUCCGGCAAUCUGAAGGCAGCUGAGUUCUUAGUGAGCAACUUCAAUAAGCCGGCGCCUGCAGAAGAAAUCACCACAACUAGUAGUAGUGAUGAUGACAAUUGUAAACUGCCUCUGCUAGAGCUUCGGAACAAUUUAGGAGAAUCGCCAGUGUACAGGGCUGCUGCUCUUGGUCACCCUCAACUGGUCCAGUUUUUUGCUGACAAACUGGAGAAGGAGAAUCCGGGGAAUCUUCAGAGGCACUUCCACCGAAAUGAUGAAAAGUCCAUUCUUCAUAUCGCAGUCAUUGCCCAACAAUUUGAGACUGCUCUUUGGUUGCAGAGGAAGUACCCAUUUCUUGCACCUAAAAGGGAAGAAAAGGGAUUGACAAGCCUUCAAUUGCUAUCCCAAAUGCCAACUGCCUUCGAACCAGAAUUUCAACAAAGCAAAUGGAAGAUGCUCAUUUAUCAUUGCCUUCCUGUUGGAGAUCUGGUCACACCAAAUCACAAGGAUAAUGAUGCCGUCAAGGAUGAUGUGGAGAACUGCUUGUGUAGCGAGCAUCCCCAAUCCAUCUGUCGGAAGAAGCUUGCAGAAAUUGGCAUAAUCAAAAAGAUCUGGAAGGACAAGAGAAAUCAAAAUUCUCUAGAGGAACUUGUCGGCUUGUUCGUCAAGGAAGACCAUUCAUGGCAGAAUUCUAAUAAAGCAGAAGACAAGACCAUUGAUCUGGGGGCCGUAGGGGUAAAUGUUAGUAAUAAUGAAGGAGAUGAAAAAGGAAAUGGUUCUGCAGUAUCAAACAAAUCCAAGAAGCAGUAUCUUUAUAACUAUACCCCAUUGCUCAUAGCAACUAUCACUGGAAUUGCGCCUAUUGUUAAAGAGAUACUUAAGCAGCAUCCUCAGGCAGCUGAGCACGUUAGCCAUGAGGAACAGAACAUUUUGCAUCUGGCCAUUAAGCACCGUCGAAAAGAGAUCCUUAAUAUUUUCAAAAACAAGCCAACAAUAAAGUAUAGGUUGAAUGCGAGGAUUGACCAUAAAGGCAACAGCAUAUUGCACCAAGCUGCAGAUAGGAGUUACUACUCUGUAGCAAUGUCUCAAAAAUUAAUUGGUCCAGCCAUGCAAUUGCAAGAAGAGUUGCGUUGGAUGUUGCGUGUGAAAAAGAUAGCGCCACGGCAUUACAUCAUGCACCACAACAAGGAGGGUCAGACAGCGGAGGAGCUGUUCAAUGAUCAGCAUAAUAAGCUUCUGGAGUCGGCACAACAAUGGAUAAAAGACACAGCUGCGUCAUGCUCAACCGUGGCGGUGCUGGUGGCCACUGUGGUCUUUGCAGCCGCCUACACCAUUCCUGGGGGUACCGAACCAAAUGGCCUUCCUGUUUACCAUGAUUCUCCUCUCUUCUGGCUCUUCACCUGCAUGGACGUCUUGGCCAUCGCCUGCUCAUUGUCUUCAGUAGCCUUUUUCCUCUCUAUCCUCUCCUCUCCCCUUGAGUACCCGUUUUUCUGUCACGGUCUUCCCCGCAAGCUCAUGAUCGGGUUCACCUUGCUCUUCUUGUCAAUGGCAGCCACCAUGCUCGCCUUCGCUGCUACCAUUUUGCUUGUGAUUCGUAUUGAGAAGAAAUGGACUAAGUCUCUGCUUUACUCUAUUGCCUUUUUUCCAGUCCCUCUAUUUGGCUUGUUGCAAUUUCCAAUGUUCCAGUCUUUCAAAGAUAUAUAUCGGAAAAUUACCAAGAUUUUCCGCCCCUUUCUCGGCUUUCCGAAGAGGGUGUGUGGUAAGGACAAGGCGAACUGA